AAUUGUUUUGCAUUUGUCACUUGUAGAAGGAUCAGCACCACUCCUCCGGUUCUCUUUUCCACCUCAACAUUUAACUAUCUACACUCUCCCUCAUUCUUGCUCGCUUUUAACACCUUCGUCACCUUCGCUCCGCAAUCAUCACUCGCCCGACUUGCCAUCAUCAUCAUCGAACAACAUCAGCGUCAUUGCUGCUUCUAUACUUGUCUUCUUUACUGCCACUCUCAGGUUUCGUCUGAAUAAAGAGAGCCCCCCAUAUCCCCCUCUCUUCGUUUCACUCCCCCUUCAGUACCUCCCUGCCUGGUCAAAUUUAUUUCGAGUGCCGUCCAAAAUCUAUACAAUAUAUUCUUCGUUCUCCCACGUCCUGUGUAUCAUCAUCAACCUUGUGCGAAUUAGCGGCCGAAAAAGGUCCCGGAUAAGAAGUAGGAAAGCGAGCAGAAGAACGAGAAGAAACUUUCUAUCUAUUGAAAUGAAUAACCAUUGGACCAUAUCCACCUCUUCGGGGCGACGAGUUUCGCUCCUUUGUGAGGAGGAAGCUGCGAGCGAUUACGCAUAUUCCUACGCUUCGUCGUCGUCAUCCCCAACCCCACCCCUCUCCCCGGAUUACCGUCACAGACCUUACACCAUCCGCCAUGACUCGAUCGAGUCCGCCUCGUCCUCGUCCAGCUCAUUAGGAUCUAGUCUGUACUCCCCGCGAACACCGCCGAUCCUAAGCCUACCAUCCCUCGAGAAGCUCCUCCCCGUCCCCGAAAGCUCCUACUUCCCAAACAUUUCCACACCCUCCGUGACCUCCUCACCAAUACCCAGCCCCGCAAUGAUGAUGAUAGCAGCAACAUCGGAGGAGCUGUCGCCGACUAGCUCGCAAGCACCAAUCACUUCCGCGCCGCCAUCGCCAAAGACGUCGAGUGCCGCCAACCCGUCGCUCAAGAGGAGCUCGCGCAGGUACACAUGUCAAUGCGGAAAGUCGUUUACCACGUCCGGACACCUGGCGCGACACACGAGAAUCCACACGGGGGAGAAGAACUACGUUUGUCCGGAGACGGGGUGCGGGGCCAGGUUCAGCAGGCAGGACAAUUGCAUGCAGCACUACCGCACGCACCAGAGCGGGUCGGGGAGCAAGAGGGCUGCCAGGAAGCGGAGGAUGUCGGCUGAGUCUGCGGAGGCCGUUGGCAACAAGCCGGAUAUGCACCCGCAAAUGCACUCGUAUCACACUCCGCAACCGGUUUCCUACAGUCAUUAUCCAGAAUCGUUUGAUGGGGGGCUCACGGCUCUGGCGAACGCUGCUAUAUCAGGGUAUCCUUGAAGGGCUUUAUCUUUUUUUUCUCCUUUUCCUUUUUUUAUCCUUCCUUCUCCCCUGAUUAAAACAAAAGUAACUUCCUCUCUUCGCUUUCUUGGGCCCCUCCAUUCUCUGUUCGGCGCAUUGGUCACCGGGAUCUAUUCACUUCAUUUAUUGUUUUCCCUCUUCCUCCAUUUCCCCUCUGACCUUCCUUCCUUCCUUCACUUCAUCCGGCUGCUAUUUUAUCUUUUUCCUCUGCCCUUUUAUCCUGCUUCUCUUCGCUUGUAAUAUUCUUCCUCCACUUCCCCAUGCAGUUUUUCGAACUUCCCUAAGCAAAAUAUAUUCCUCCCACCACCACAUCUACCACCCGAAUUCUCUCCUCAAACCCCUCAAAAGCAGAGAAGAAAAACAAGAACAAAAUGAAAGAACGAAGAUAAUUGGAAGGAAGAAAAAAGAGCAAGAAAGGAGCUCGGUUUGUGGUUUACUUUUCCAUUGUACUAGUACAAGUAUGAAAAAUAUGAUUCUCGUCCUGGAUUUUCUAUUCUGUUCGGGACUGGGGCUUUUUUUUUGUUUCCUUUUUUUUUUUUUUUAACUCUCCAACGGUUUUUGGGUGGGGUGGGUUAUUUGCUUUUAACGGGUUUCUUUGGGCAAGGGGGGGAGCUUUUUUUAUCUCACUGGAUCGCAUUGGGUGGUUUCGGCGUAUGGAGUCCUUUUUUCCGUUUCAUUAUUCCUUCUCUCUCUGCCCUUUCUUUCAUCCCUUGUUCAUGCCCCAUCUCAUCGUCAGUGUCAUGAUCGCCAUCCUCAUCACCGUCACCAUUAUAUUAAACAGACAUAACUCAACUCCCAUCGUUGUGGCCCUGGUACUUCCAUAUUCAUUUAGGUUUUGGUGGGUGUUCUCCUUUGUACUUUUAGGUUUGGGUCCUGGGUUAAGGCUGGCUUCCGGUCGGGAGAGGGGGGAUUUUCGCUAUUUGUUCAUUUGUUUAUCUAUUCUCUGAUAUUUUUGCACUCUAUUUAAAACGGAAAGGAGAGGAAGCUGAAAUGGAUUGAUUUGUGAAGUG